GAAAAAUGUUGCCUCGACCCGGAGUAACCUGAAAAACGCGAAAUCACAGCCCUAGAUCCUCAGGGCGUACGAAAAUGGUUCUAGUUACGGCUGCGCGGGAUUACAUCAACCGGAUGUUGCAGGACAUCUCCGGCAUGAAAGUUCUCAUUCUCGAUUCUCAAACGGUUAGUGUUGUAAGUGUGGUGUAUUCUCAGACAGAGCUACUUCAGAAAGAAGUAUUUUUGGUGGAGUUGGUAGAUUCCAUUUCCAAGUCGAAAGAAUCCAUGUCACAUCUAAAAGCUAUUUAUUUCCUUCGGCCCACAUCGGAGAAUAUAAAGCAUUUGCGACGGCAGCUGGCUAAUCCUAGAUUUGGAGAGUAUCACUUAUUUUUCUCAAACAUGUUGAAGGAUACCCAGAUUCAUAUUUUAGCUGAUUCAGAUGAGCAGGAAGUUGUACAGCAAGUUCAGGAAUUUUAUGCAGAUUUUGUUGCAAGUGAACCUUAUCAUUUUACUUUGAAUAUACCCUCAAAUCAUCUUUAUAUGCUUCCAGCAGUUGUAGAUCCUUCAAGUUUGCAGCACUUCUCUGACCGAGUUGUUGAUGGUAUAGCCGCUGUUUUCUUGGCAUUAAAACGAAGACCUGUUAUUCGAUACCAAAGGACCUCAGAUAUUGCAAAGAGGAUAGCCCAGGAAACAGCUAAGCUGAUGUACCAGCAGGAAAGUGGUCUUUUUGAUUUCAGACGUACAGAAGUUUCUCCACUAUUGCUAAUAAUUGAUAGAAGGGAUGACCCUGUGACUCCAUUGCUGAAUCAGUGGACCUAUCAGGCAAUGGUUCAUGAACUGAUAGGCAUUCAGGAUAAUAAAGUUGACUUGAGAAACAUUGGCAAAGUUCCAAAAGAUCAGCAGGAGGUUGUGCUGUCAUCAGAACAAGAUGCUUUCUUCAAAUCUAACAUGUAUGAGAAUUUUGGAGACAUCGGAAUGAAUAUCAAGCGGAUGGUUGAUGAUUUUCAGCAAGUUGCAAAAAGCAACCAAAACAUCCAGACUAUAGAAGAUAUGGCCAAAUUUGUUGAAAAUUAUCCGGAGUACAAAAAGAUGCAUGGAAAUGUUUCAAAACAUGUGACAUUAGUCACAGAAAUGAGCAAGAUAGUUGAAGAGCGAAAACUCAUGUUGGUUUCGGAAACAGAACAGGAGUUGGCAUGUAAUGGUGGGCAAGGGGCUGCUUUUGAGGCAGUGACAAAUCUUCUAAACAAUGAGAGCAUAUCUGACAUUGACCGUCUGCGCCUAGUGAUGUUGUAUGCUUUACGCUAUGAGAAGGAGAGCCCAGUUCAGUUGAUGCAGCUUUUCAACAAACUGGCUUCUCAAUCUGCCAAGUACAAGCCUGGGCUUGUUCAGUUCCUCUUGAAGCAAGCGGGUGUCGAUAAGCGUACUGGGGAUCUUUAUGGAAAUCGUGAUUUUUUGAAUAUUGCUCGAAAUAUGGCUCGUGGCUUGAAGGGGGUUGAGAAUGUCUACACCCAACACCAACCUCUUCUGUUUCACACUAUGGAGAGCAUAACUAAGGGACGGUUGCGAGAUGUAGACUACCCAUUUGUUGGAAAUCACUUUCAGCAGGGCAGGCCACAAGAUGUGAUUAUUUUCGUUGUUGGUGGGACAACAUAUGAGGAGUCACGUUCCGUUUCUCUACAGAAUGCCAGCAAUUCUGGAAUUCGUUUUAUACUUGGUGGUUCUGCAAUUCUCAAUUCUAAGAGGUUUUUAAAGGACCUGGAAGAAGCUCAGAGGACAGCUAAAUACAGCACAAAUGUUGUUUGAAGUUAAUUCCCCGUGUUGCAUUUUGAGAGCCAUGUAGAUAAUUUACGGCUUUAUUUGAGGAAUUGGACAUGUUGGCUUUGUAGUAAACUUUGAUAGAAAAUUCUGGCAGAAGCUUGGAGAGGGGAAUCAUGAAAAUCAACCCAACCCGAUUACAAGAGUCUGUCAUCUUCUCCAAUUUGGACAGGAUUGAAAAACAAAUCGGAGUUCUUUGAGGUAAAAUCCAUCAAUUCUUAUUGGAGGAUGAUAUGUGAUGUUUGUAUUCUCCCUCUUAACCCGUAUAGAAUCUCAAUUUAUACCGAGUUUUGGCUCCAAGUUCAAUAUACAUAGUCAUUUUUGACCCUGGAGAAAGAAAGAAUUGUAAUUUUGCAUACAGAAAUGAACUUUUUUUUUUUUUUU